AAUUUCUCACUUGAAGUUUGAACUUCUUUUUCUAUUCUCUUUCUCUUUCACUUUCACUUUCUCCAUCUCCUAUUUAUAUCUUUGUUGAAAGAAAAUGAGUAGCAUAAGCAUGGUAGAGGCAAAGCUACCACCAGGGUUCAGGUUUCAUCCUAGAGAUGAAGAGCUUGUAUGUGAUUAUUUGAUGAAGAAGGUGACACACUGCGAUUCCCUUCUCAUGAUUGAUGUUGACCUUAACAAGCGUGAACCAUGGGAUAUUCCAGAAACAGCAUGUGUGGGAGGGAAGGAGUGGUAUUUUUAUUCACAGAGAGACCGUAAAUAUGCAACAGGGCUACGCACAAACCGUGCCACUGCCUCAGGCUAUUGGAAGGCCACAGGGAAGGAUAGGCCAAUCCUCCGCAAAGGCACUCUUGUUGGGAUGAGGAAGACUUUGGUGUUCUAUCAAGGAAGGGCACCCAAAGGGAGGAAAAGUGAUUGGGUCAUGCAUGAGUUUCGCAUUGAAGGUCCCCAUGGCCCUCCUAAAAUUCCUUCUUCCAAGGAAGACUGGGUUUUGUGUAGGGUGUUCUAUAAAAACAGAGAAGUUGCUGCCAAACCUAGCAUGGAUAGUUGCUAUGAUGAAACAGGCUCUUCAUCUCUUCCUGCAUUAAUGGACUCUUACAUCAGUUUUGACCAAGCUCAAACCAAUGCAGAUGAAUAUGAGCAAGUGCCCUGCUUCUCCAUUUUUUCUCACAACCAAACAAAUCCUAUUUUCAACCACAUAAACACUAUGGAGCCAAAAUUACCUGCCAACCAUGCAACUACAUAUGGAGGAGCACCCAAUUUGGAAUCUUGCUUAGACCCUUUUUCAUGUGACAACAAAGUAUUAAAAGCUGUUUUGAGUCAGCUCACAAGGAUGGAAAGAAACCAACCCAACCCAUGUCUAAAAGGGUCACCAAGCUUAGGUGAAGGAAGUUCUGAGAGUUACUUAUCUGAAGUGGGUAUGCCCAACAUGUGGAACAAUUAUUGAUGUGUUACUUCAUUCCUCCUUGACUUUCUUGGUGUGACUUCCACUAUAUAGAUUAAACCCUCUUCUCCCAUGUCACCAAGAACCAAAAAAAAAAAAAAACUAAAAGAGGGGGAGGAGAAAAUCCAUUGUUUUAAGUGAUGGUGAGAAUCUAUAUUUUACCCAUGUGUUAGAUAUUACUAUAUACCUAUCCAUGAUAUGUCCCAAUAUAUUAGGAAAAUGGGAAAUGUAAUUGAAACUUCAUAAUAUUUGUAGUUAAUUUAGUUAGUGUAUGUAUUUUCUCUUCUUGUUAAAUUAGAUGAUGAACUGAAAUGUAAUGCAAGCUCAAAUGAUCUACAU